CCACUGUUUUAACCUAUGUGGGCGCCCACUAUAUUGCGUACAUUACACAUCUUUGUACUAGUUCAUAGUCGGUUUACGAUUCACAGUUGUUCACGCUCCCGAAACACCUCGUGAAUUGUACCAAAUGGAGAGUCUAUGGCGAGCUGCGACGGGUGCGAACCCAAACCCCGAAGACUACGAAGGAAUAGACUACUGGUCCAACCCCGAGCGCACCGGUUGGCUCACCAAACAAGGCGACUACAUCAAGACCUGGCGUCGCCGCUGGUUCGUCCUCAAACAAGGCAAGCUCCUCUGGUUCAAUGACUCCUCCGUCACACGCGCCUCCCUCCCCCGCGGCGUCAUCUCCGUCGCCACCUGCCUCACCGUCAAGGGCGCCGAGGACGUCCUCAACAAGCCCUUCGCCUUCGAGCUCUCCACCGAUCGCUUCACCAUGUACUUCAUCGCCGAUUCUGAGAAGGACAAGGAAGAGUGGAUCAACUCGAUUGGGCGUGCCAUAGUUCAGCACUCGAGAUCGGUUACUGAAUCGGAGGUUGUUGAUUACGAUAGCAAACGGUAGUUCGUGAGAAAGUACUUGCACUCUCUGUAAUAUUAUUAGGUGCGUCGUUUCUGAUCUUGAUUCGUGUUUUUUUUGCAUGUGUUGUGUGAUGUGAAUUUUAUAUAUGUUGGUGUAUUUUACAGUGAAUUCAUGGUCUUCUUGUAAAAAAAACCCUAAUUUUUGUGGAUGUUUAUUGAUUUUCUCUUUUGGUUUUAUAGUGGGAUUGUUUGA